AUGGUGUUGGAUGAUAUGGCUAAGAAGAAGGAACUGUCCGAGGCGUUCACAUAUCACUAUGAGGUUAAUGCUAUUAACCAGUUGGUUGCUCUGUUUUGGUGCGAUGGUUUGAUGAAGACGAAUUACCAUAUGUUUGGUGAUAUUGUGGCGUUUGACUCUACCUACAACCCAAACAGGUAUUGUAUGAUCUUCACGCCAUUCACGGGAAAGGACAAUCAUGGAAGACCUGUAACUUUCGCCGCUGGUUUGGUGUGCAACAAAACAUGGGCUUUUGCUUGGUUAUUUAAACAUUUCGUUGAAUGCAUGGGUGUUGCUCUAAAGACGAUCGUAACAGAUCAAGAUUUGGAGAUGAGAUCAGUUAUUGAAGAGGUUAUUGUCGGGACUCGCCAUAGAUGGUGUAUGUGGCAUAUUAUGCAUAAGUUAGCCAUCAAAGUUCCGAACAGGCAUGUCUGGAUACCUGCGUACUUCAGAGAUUUUCCACUUGGGUCGAUGAUUAGGACUACCUCGAUAUCUGAAUCGGAGAACAGCUUCUAUAAAAACUUUUUGAAGCCACGCGCCAACAUCGCCGAAUUCUACUUGAAUUUCAACAAUGCUAUGGAAUUUCAGCGAAACAGUAGAACAAAGUUGGACUACCACGAUGCAACUGCCCUGCCCAUAUUGGCCACUACCUUGCCAUUUGAGAAACAUGCUUCGACGAUGUACACCGAUAGUAUGUUCAAGAAAAUACAAGAGGAAAUUGUUGAGGGUAAUGACAGAUGCUGCGUUUUGGGUUUUUCAUCUACAGAUAUGGUUGACACCUACAAACUUGGGGACAACAAUCGCAAUUCGUACUUCUGUGCUAAAGCUAUAGGUAUAACAUCGUCUACAGCUUCCUCGAAGUCCAUCCUAGGCUGCUUCGCUGCUUUCCAACAAGCAAGGAAUUAA